UCCACGUUUUGAAUUUGGUGCAUGUAAAAUUGAACUUCGGAGAAUUUUACAAUUCAAUUUGGUCACUUCCUUCCGGCCUCACAAUCACCGCAAUUUCUCCCUUUACGUAAUAAAUAUGUGUGUCUGGUUUCAAAAUGCGCACAAUUCUUCUUGCAACGCUUUUGAUGAAUGCAAGUUUUGAUAGAAAUUUUAAAAUUUAAUCCAUCAAUUUUCUUUUAGAUCCAGCAAUUUUUUUCAGAACGUUUUGAAAGCAUCAAAUUUAUAUCGAAAAACGACUCAAUCAAGUCUGGUAAAUUUAAAAAUUCAAUUUUAAUCUUCAUCCAAAUUUUUUUCUGCCACUAGUUUGGGGACUUGCUAAACGAGACAUGCAGUUGAAAUGCAUGCUAGAUUGCUUCCAAUUUUCGCACCAAACCUUGGACCAAUUUCCGUGCUACUUAAAUUCUUCGGCUGGCAACGUGAUCCCGUGGCGAAAGUGCGCCACCAUUCCCUUCGACAAUGAAAUUUUCUCCGAGUGCUGCGAGCCGUACGUGUCACCCUUUGACGAUCCGCGCGCCCAAAGCUUUUGUCUGGCGUCCAUGGCAAGCAGCGACCGUUCCCUGAACGAGGACUGGGUCGUCUCCUCCAUAACUAACUAUGUGCGUGAAUCAACCAAUGAACCUGAUUUUGGGCUCAUAUCCGCAUACAAAGGAAAGGCUCAAAUCAACAAGACCGACUUUCAGUUUUGUGAAAAUUUUAUCAAACGAAGUAACUGGACAGUUGUACAAUCCCCAGGACGAGGCUGCAAAAUAUCUUCCUUGCUGAUUUUGCAGUGUCUCAUCCAGCAGCACCUUCUAAGGUGCACUGGUGCCAAAGGUUACUAA